GCGCGCAUCUAGAUCAGGGUCCGGUGGCGGGGUAUAAAACCCAGCCCUCGCUUAGAAUUAACCAUGACCAUGGGAAGAACAAAGAGCAGAAAAACUGCGCCUGUGCCGCACAAGACGAAGCUUAGGAAGGAUCCUGGGAUCCCCAAGCUGCCGGAUCUGAAGUUGAAGAAUGCGGAGAAGCAGAGGCUGCACGCGAACUCGCGUCCGCAUCCCAAGGAUCCGGACACGCUGAUGGCAGCGGAGCCCACCCUGUCUACCCUCGCGCAGAUGGCGGCAGAGACAGCGCCCGACACGCAAGAGGAAUCGUCCAUGUCGGCGCAGGCGCGCACGAAGGAGCAGAUGCGGCGCCAUUAUGUGCGCACGCUGCACAAGGUCAUUGACGAGAGCGACAUCAUCAUCCUUGUUCUUGACGCGCGCGAUCCGGAGGGGUGUAGGAGCCGGCUUGUCGAGGAGGAAGUACGCCGGCGCGAGUCCGAGGGCAAGAAGCUCGUCUUCGUGCUCAACAAAGUCGACCUCGUCCCCAAAGUCAACGCGCAGGCGUGGCUAAAGUACCUCCGCCACAGCACGCCAACCCUCCCUUUCCUCUCCUCGACGCAGAACCAGCGCAACAACCUCUCCUCCACCACCUCCCCCGCGCUCCUGAAGCUCCUCAAAGCGUACAAGCCCAAAUCCGGCUCCGUCACCAUCGGCGUCGUCGGCUACCCGAACGUCGGCAAGUCCUCCCUCAUCAACACGCUCAAGCGCUCGAAGGCGUGCGCCGUCGCCUCGCAGCCGGGCCACACCAAGGAGCUCCAGUCCGUGCAGCUCGAGCGCGGCAUCCGCAUCGUCGACUCGCCCGGGGUCGUGUUCGACGACGACGGGGCGGCCGCGGACGCGAAGAGCGCGCGCAAGGGGAGCGUGCUGCUGCGCAAUGUCGUGCGCGUGGACGACGUCGAGGACCCGAUCGCGGUGGUGGAGGAGAUCGUGGCGCGCACGGCGCCGGAGGCGCUGCAGCGGAUAUACAACCUGCCCGCGUUCGGGUCGACGCUGGAGUUCCUGACGAUGGUCGCGCUCAGCGCGGGGAAGCUGCUGAAGGGCGGGACGCCGGACAUCAACAACGCGGCGCGGCAAAUUUUGAACGACUGGAACCACCAGAAGAUCCCGUACUUUUCGACGCCGCCGGAGGUGCACACGUCGCAGAUACCAUCGCUCGUCCCCGGUACCAACGAGAUCGCUCCUGGCGCAGAGAACGUCGGCAACGCGGCGAUCGUCACCGAGUUCGCGAAGCCCUUCGCGCUCGAGGGGCUCUUCAACGCCGCCGACAACGGCGCAUUUGACGGAGAUGACAACGGCGCAUUCGACGGUGAUGCCAAGAUGGACGAGGACCAGGAGGUGUUCUACGACGCGGAGGAACUGCCCGUGGCUGAGGAGAUACCUGUUGUGCAAGACGACGACAUGAUCGACCCCGACCUCAGCACCACCUCCCUCAAACGUCCGCGCUCUCCGUCCCCCGAGCCCCUCCCACCAAACGCCGAGGUAGAAAUGCACGACCCCGACGACCUCCCUACCCGGCAGCCCAAGCGCCUGCGCAAGAAUCACGAUCUGCCUGAAUACGAGCAGGCGCAGGGCUCCGGCCACAACCCACCCAAUAAUCCGCACAACCAACUGGGCAGAAAUAAUCCCCUCAACCGGCGCUUCCUCAAGAAGGAGGCGAAGCGGGCGCGGAAGGUGCAGCGGCUCGUGGCGAAGGCGGCGGGGGAGAGCAUGGUGGUGGAUGAGGGGCUGGCGGCGACGUUUAUGACGGCGUAGUAGAUGUUUAUGGUGGCGCGGGCAGGGCUCCUUCGCUGAUCAUCGCACGAUACCUUCACGUUUUUUUUAUGUCCUCCUGCUCACGUUGAACUGGCUCUGAGCCCUCGAACGUGGACGCUUGCUCGGAACUUGCCGUAUAGCCGCUAACUUCCAAAUGCGGAAGUCAUUGUUCGUGCAUCUUACAACCCCGGUCAGGGAAAGGGUUUGUCGAACUCGUUCG